AUGCUGCCCCUUCGUCGUGCUCUCGUCCGCUCACCUUUGCGCAGCCUGUGUGUCACGAAGACGGCACCCCUCACUACGGCUCGCCUCACAGCCAUCGUCGCUCGUCAUUCCUCAUCCACCACGCUUUCGUCGUCGCCUCUUGGCUCUGGCGCAAAUCUCAACCACAGCAUGGUCGCCCCGUCCUCGAUGAGUAGAGUACCUGGCUCAUCUCGUCGGCUCGCCACGCCUGCCUCUGCAGCUCUCACCUUGGGCACCGGUCCUUUUGCAGGUCUACCUACCGGCUUCGAGAUCCGCGACACUCUCAACGGCUCCAAGGCUGCUGCUCAGUAUGCCGUUUUCACCAAAGAUCUUGAGGUAUCUGCCCAAGAUGACUUGCGAUACCGCCUCGUCCGUCUGGCCAAUGGCCUGGAAGCGCUCGUCAUUCAAGAUCCUAAGACCGACAAGUCGAGUGCCGCCAUGGACAUCCGCGUUGGACACCUCAGCGAUCCCGAGGAGCUUCAAGGCCUCGCUCACUUUUGCGAACACCUCCUGUUCAUGGGCACCAAAAAGUACCCACGCGAAAACGAGUACUCUGAGUACCUCUCCAAUCACUCAGGCGGCUCUAACGCUUACACUGGCAUGGACAACACCAACUACUUUUUCGACGUCUCUCCAGACCACUUUGAGGGUGCGCUGGACCGCUUCGCCCAGUUCUUCCUCGAGCCUCUCUUCGAUCCUUCGUGUUCUGAGCGAGAGAUCAAGGCGGUCGACAGCGAACACAAGAAGAACCUUCAGAGCGACAUGUGGCGUGGCUUCCAGCUCGACAAAUCGCUCUCCGACCCUUCGCACCCCUACUCGCACUUCGGCACAGGCAAUUACCAAACUUUGUGGGAGGAUCCCAAGAGCAAGGGCGUCGACGUGCGCGACGAGCUGCUCAAGUUCCACGACCAGUACUACUCUGCCAACGUAAUGAAGCUUGUGGUGCUCGGCAGGGAAGACCUCGACCAGCUCACCAGCUGGGUCAUCGAAAAGUUCUCGGGCGUCCGCAAUACAGGGCGUGAGCCUCCGCAGUUUGACCGCAGCCCACUGACCACCCAGCAGCUGCAGAAGCAGAUCUUUGCCAAGUCGGUUCGUGACGUGCGCAAGCUCAAGAUCGCCUUCCCCAUUCCUGACCAGGGCCCGCACUUCCGUUCCAAGCCAGGACACUUUUUGUCCCACUUCAUUGGUCACGAGGGAGAGGGCUCCAUCCUCUCUCACUUGAAAAAGAAGGGUUGGUGCGAUCGCCUCUCUGCUGGUGCUACUGGUGACGCUAACGGCUUCGAGUUCUUCAAGAUCUCCAUCGAUCUCACUCAGGAAGGCCUGGACAACCACGAAAAGGUGGUCGAAGCCGUCUUCAAAUACAUCCAUCUGCUUCGCAGCAGCAAUCUGGAGCAGUGGACUCAUGACGAAGUUGCCCAGCUGAGCGAGCUUAUGUUCCGCUUCAAGGAAAAGAUCGACCCUGCCGACUACGCGUCGAGUACGGCCACUCAGAUGCAGAUGCCUUAUCCACGCGAGUGGAUCUUGUCUGGCGGCUGGCUCACACGCGAUUUCGACCGUGAACUGAUCACGCAAACUCUGGACCAUCUCACCCCACAGAACUGCCGAGUCGUCGUGAUGGCCAAAACUUUGCCAGACGGCAGCACGUCAUGGGAGAGCAAGGAGAAGUGGUACGGCACCGAAUACUCGAUCAAGCCUUUACCGCAGCAGCUCUUGACACAGACACCUGCCGACUUUGAGGACCUGCACCUUCCUCGACCCAACUCGUUCAUCCCGGUCAACUUUGACUUCAAGGGACCGCUCGCUGAGGCGCAGGGCAAGAAGCCAACGCCACGACCACAGCUCGUUCUGGAUAACGAGAGCAUCCGCGUGUGGCACAAGCUUGAUGACCGCUUCGGUUUGCCCAAGGCCAACGUGUUCUUCGUGCUGCGUAACCCGCUAAUCAACGCUACACCCUUGACCUCAAUCAAAACGCGCAUGUUGAUUGAGCUCAUCUCGGACUCGCUGGUCGAAUACUCUUAUGACGCGUCGCUGGCUGGGCUGAGCUACAUGCUCGACUCGCAAGACCAGUCGCUCGCGCUAUCGUUGAGUGGUUACAAUGACAAGAUUCCUGUACUGGCACGCAGCAUCCUAGAGAAGCUCGCCAACUUUCAAGUAGACCCUCGCCGAUUUGAGCUGGUCAAGGACCGAGUCAAGCGCUCAUACCAGAACUUUGCCAUCGAGGAGCCGUACCGUCAUGCGACGUUCUACACCACCUACUUGCUACAGGAAAAGAUGUGGACGCCCCAGGAAAAGUUGUGCGAGCUUGAGCAGCUCAACGUUGACGAGGUUCAGCAGUUCCUUCCCGACCUGUUGCAGCGCAUGCACCUCGAAGUACUGGCACACGGCAAUCUGGCUAAGGAAGAGGCUAUCGAGCUGUCCAACAUGGCCUGGAACACGAUCAAGUCGCGACCUGUCAACAAGACCGAGCUGCUCUCGAGUCGAUCGCUGCUGCUACCGGAAAAGAGUAACAAGAUUUGGAACUUGCCUGUCACCAACGCCGCCAACGUCAACAGCGCCAUCGAGUACUACGUGCAAAUUGGCGAGCCGACCGAUGUUGAAAUGCGCGCAACGCUGUCACUGUUCUCUCAAAUCGCUAACGAGCCUGUCUUUGACCAACUGCGCACCAAGGAGCAGCUUGGCUACCUCGUGUUUAGCGGCAUCCGACGCAGCACGGGCAGCCUGGGAUGGCGCGUGAUUGUUCAGAGUGAGCGUGACGCACCUUACCUCGAGGGUCGCGUAGAUGCUUUCUUGGACCAGUUCAGGGCGACGCUGGACAAGAUGACCGAGCAAGAGUUUGAGGCUCACAAGCGCAGCAUCAUCCACAAGAAGUUGGAGAAUGUCAAAAACCUCGUGGAGGAGUCGACGCGGUUCUGGUCGCCCGUAUUUGGCGGGAAUUACGACUUCCUCGCUCGUUACGCAGAUGUUGAAGCGAUUGCCCAGACGACCAAGGAGCAAGUCGUGGAUCUGUUCAUGAAGUAUAUCCACCCUAGUAGUCCAACGAGGAGCAAGCUUUCAGUGCACCUCAACUCGACCGCUUCGCCAGCGCUUCGAUUCUCGACAAACGCUGUGGAUGCGCUCGAGCAAGCCGUCAACGCACAAGGCAUACCCGUGCCCAAGGAGGCGUUCGAGACGCUGCGUUCCCAACAGCCAGCGAUCGAAACGGUCAAAGACAUGGCCGCGCAAGCUCUGGCUCAAAGUUCCACUCCACUGCCAGCGGAGGGUGUCAAGCAGAUGCUUCAACUGGUGGACAGCCUAGCUGCGCAAUUCCCAUUCACCGACGCCUCCACUGUCGAUGCGCCGCCAGCGGUCAAAGUGGAAAGCGCGAUCAAGCCGCAAGACGUGACGGACGCUACAGCUUUCAAGGCGCAGCUCAACGCGUCCAAAGCGGCGGUCCCAGCAAGAUCGUUCGAGGAGCUGGCCAAGGAUCCCAGCCAAGAAGGCGAGCAGCUUGCAAACGUGGUUGAAGCGGUUCUGAGGAAGACCGGUGCGGCGGCGCUCGAGGAUGGCGAGCCAAAGGCUAAUCUUUAA